UCAAACCAAAUUUUAAUUACUCUACUCUCCUCUCUCUUGACUUGUCAUCGCGCUUCAGGUUACCGUGCGAGCAUCUCCCCCCUCGACGUUACAAGCCGUUACUCCUCGUUACAUUACAUUGCGUCUCUCUCUACGAAUCAGCAGAAAGCUCCGUCACAUAGCACAGGAUUCUGAUUUUGCAUUCAAACGCGAGGUUUAACUUUCUGAUGAUGAACAAGUUGAAAUCCACCGCAUAAGAGGAACAAUUAUUCAUCAAUUUUCAAAAUUCAGUUAAACCUAGGGUUCAUAUAAAUGGAUAACGAAGAUUUGAGGUCAGGGACGAAAAAGAAGAAGAGAUCCAAACCGAUUGAAAUUGGUUUUGAUUCAGAUAACGAUAAACCAAUUGGAUCGUUUUUGAAGUUGAAGAGGAAUAAGAAGAAGGUUAGUUUUGCAUCAGAGGGUUCUUGUGGUGGAGAUUCUGUUAAGGAAAAGGAGAAUUCUAGGGUUAUGGAUGAUAAUGAUACCUUGGCUACCUUUAGGAAAAGGUUGAAGGGUCCAAAGAGAGAUCAGGGAUAUGGUUUGAAUGUUGCUGUUGAGGGUAAUGGUUUGGGAAGUGGCGGAUCUGGGAAAGGUGAUGAUGACAUGCAGGUGCAUCAUGAUCAUGAUUCUGAUCAGCAUAUGGAAGAAUCGUUGUCUACGAUUUUCCAUAAGGCGCAAUCUAGUUCUGGUAGGAAAUCCCGUGCCGCGUUAGGUUCAAAGCAGAAAAAACGGAAUCGGAAUGUGGACAGUGGGUUGAAACAUGGUUCCGGAAGUUUAACAGAAAAUGUAGAUUAUGUGGUUGAAAGUAGAUCUGGAUCUGCUUCUGCCUUGAAAUCGGUUGAGAGAAAUCACGAGUCUGAUCAAAAGGGUAGCGGUGACUGUUUGCAAGAGGAAAAGGCGAAGGGUAUUUGUGAUUCAAACAUUCCUGAUGAACCGUCGGUUGAUCACUCUAACUCGAUCAUUGCCUGCGAUGGCGAUGGACAGCAAUUGUCAAGUGUACAAGUUGAAAAUGUUUGUGGUGCUUCUGAUGAAAUUGUUACAUUGCAAGAAAGAAUUAUCGAUAAUAGUUUGAAUCAGUGUUCUUCCAUGUUACAAGAUGUUGAAAUAGUUGAUAUUAGCUCUCCCUCUAAAGUGGGGGAAAGGGUAUGUGGACUUUCCGAGACUGGAGAGCUUGAGAAUAAUAGAUCAAAUGAUGAAAUAGCAGAAGAACAGAUGUGUAAUGGUGCUUCAGAAGGAGGUGUUUCUUCUUCCGCAGAGAAAGAAGUUUUGUUAACUUGUCACACCGAGCUCUUGAAUAAAUUAAAUGAAAAUAAUCCCAUGGUUUCUGGUAGAGAUUGCUAUGAUUAUAGUCCUUUAGAAACAAAUGCUGAAGUACAAGAUGUUGUUGUAGGCUGCUCACCUGAAAAACAUGAAGCAAUUGCCAGCGGUAGUUUAUCCUCUAUUUUGCGUAAUGAUGCCAAUGAAUCUGAAUUGAUUGUCCAAUCAAAUCUCCCGGACAGACCUUUGGAAAUGUGUAAUAUUCCAAAAUACUCUAAUGCAUCCAUUCUGAAGUGCAGCUAUGCCUUAGAUCCAAAUCAAUCUGAUGGAUCCUCUAUACAAUCUUCAAUUCCAGAUGAAAAUGGAAACACUACAGAAUAUCAUGCCUCUGUGUCUGAUUUUGCUGACAAUGGUGGUAAGAUAUCUGGCACUCCUCGUGCAACACGAAAGACCAAAAUGAAUAAGCACGGCGACAUGACUUAUGAGGGGGAUGCUGAUUGGGAGAUUUUAAUAAAUGAUAAAACCCUAAUUGGAAGCCAAGAUGCUGCAGACGGUGAACGUACUCUUAGAACAAGAGUGAAGCAAGAUUCCUCUUUGAUUGCUGUUGAGGACUCUGAAAGUGUUGCAGUAGCGGCAGUAUCUGCUGGGCUGAAAGCUCGUGCAGUCGGUCCAAUUGAGAAAAUAAAAUUUAAAGAGAUCUUGAAGCGUAAGGGUGGUCUCAAGGAAUAUUUAGAUUGCAGGAAUAAGAUCUUAAACCUAUGGAGCAGUGAUGUCACCCGUAUUUUACCUCUAGCUGAAUGUGGAGCUAGUUAUACCCGUUCUGAGAAUGAAAGUCCUCGUUCUUCUCUUAUUAGGGAGGUCUAUGCAUUUCUUGAUCAAUAUGGUUAUAUAAAUGUCGGAGUUGCCUCUCAAAAGGAGAAUGUGGAGAACUGUGCAAGACAUUGUUACAAACUUGUAAAAGAAAAAGGAUUCGAGGAAAGUUCUACCGCUUCAUUGGCCGGCUCUGAAGAUGGAGUUUCUUUUAAUGUUGGUCAGACUAAAAUGUCAUAUGCUUCUAUGGAUAUUAACAAUGAUCUAAUAAAGGAUUUUAAAGACCUGACAACUGAAGCUGCAGAGGGCAUGAUGCAUGUUGACGAAGUGAUGAGAGAUUCAUCAAACAUGGCACACCAUGAAAGAAAAAAUCAUGAUGACCAGGAAAAUGUUGGGAUUCAAGAUGGAGUCAGUGGAAAUAUACAUUUCAAUGAUAACAGUGCUGUUCCUUCUUUUAACUUUCCUGAUUGCAGAUUGACUUCUCUUGUUGCUACAAAACAAAACAGUGAAUCUAAAUGUGUUAAACAUGCAUUAGGGGAUCAUAUAGGUGAUACUCUGCAGUCUGAUUUAGAGGCUAGAAAGAGAGUGAUUAUAAUUGGAGCUGGUCCUGCUGGGCUAACUGCUGCUCGCCACUUGAAUCGUCAGGGGUUUACUGUAACUGUGCUUGAGGCUAGGAAUAGGAUAGGAGGUCGGGUAUUUACAGAUCACUCGUCUCUUUCUGUCCCUGUGGAUCUUGGUGCUAGCAUUAUCACAGGUGUUGAGGCUGAUGUGGCCACUGAGAGAAGACCAGAUCCUUCCUCGUUGGUUUGUGCUCAGCUGGGCCUUGAAUUGUCAGUGUUAAACAGUGACUGCCCUCUUUAUGACACAGUGACUGGUCAAAAAGUUCCAACAGAUAUGGAUGAAGCAUUGGAAGCCGAAUACAACAGUCUUCUUGAUGACAUGGUACUGGUUGUUGCUCGGAAAGGUGAACAAGCAAUGAAAAUGUCUCUUGAAGAUGGUUUAGAAUACGCCCUUAAGAUUCGCCGCAUGGGACUUACCGAAGGCAGUGAAGAAACUAAGCAAAAUUUUGAUGAGGAGAUUUUGGAUCCCCAGGAGAGGAGGGUUAUGGAUUGGCACUUUGCUCAUUUGGAGUAUGGCUGUGCUGCUUUGCUUAAAGAAGUUUCUCUUCCCUAUUGGAAUCAAGACGACGUGUAUGGAGGAUUUGGGGGACCUCAUUGUAUGAUCAAAGGAGGUUAUAGCACAGUUGUCGAGUCUCUUGGAGAAGGGCUUGCUAUUCACAUGAACCACACUGUCACAAAUGUUUCAUAUGGUAUCAAAGAACCUGGCGAGAAUAAUAAAGUCAAAGUUUCUACAUUGAAUGGCAAUGAGUUUUUUGGAGAUGCAGUCCUCAUUACUGUCCCACUUGGCUGUUUGAAAGCUGAAACUAUACAGUUCUCCCCCUCUUUGCCAGAGUGGAAAUGCUCUUCCAUUCAGCGUCUUGGCUUUGGAGUUCUCAAUAAAGUGGUUUUGGAAUUUCCUAAUGUGUUUUGGGAUGAUGCGGUGGACUACUUUGGAGCAACAGCUGAGGAUAGAAGCAAAAGAGGUCACUGCUUUAUGUUCUGGAAUGUCAAGAAAACUGUUGGGGCUCCUGUCCUUAUAGCAUUAGUGGUUGGUAAGGCAGCCAUUGACAGUCAAAGUUUAAGUUCUUCUGAUCAUGUCAACCAUGCAUUGAAGGUUCUUCGGAAACUUUUUGGGGAGGAUUCAGUUCCUGAUCCUGUUGGGCAUGUUGUGACAGAUUGGGGUAGGGAUCCCUAUAGCUUUGGUGCUUACUCUUAUGUUGCUGUUGGAGCAUCAGGAGAAGACUACGAUAUCUUAGGAAGACCAGUUGAUAACUGCUUGUUUUUUGCUGGUGAAGCAACCUGCAAAGAGCAUCCUGACACUGUUGGUGGUGCAAUGAUGAGUGGACUACGAGAGGCUGUUCGCAUAAUUGACAUAUUGAACACAGGAAAUGACAAUACUGCAGAGUUAGAGGCACUGGAAGCUGCACAGGGACAGUUGGACACUGAAAGGAAUGAAGUUAGGGACAUAAUAAAGAGACUUGAUGCAGUUGAGCUUUCUAACAUACUAUAUAAGAACUCUUUUGAGGGUGCUCAAAUCAUAACCCGAGAAGCUUUAUUAAAGGAAAUGUUUCUCAAUGUUAAAACCAAUGCUGGGCGCUUGCAUGUGGCCAAACAAUUGCUAAGUCUUCCUGUUGGAAACUUGAAGUCCAUUGCUGGAAGUAAGGAGGGGCUAACUGUUCUCAACUCCUGGAUACUGGACUCAAUGGGAAAAGAUGGCACCCAACUCUUGAGGCAUUGUUUGCGUCUUCUUGUGCGCGUGUCCACCGAUCUAGGUGCUGUACGCUUAUCAGGAAUGGGGAAAACAGUGAAGGAAAAAGUUUGUGUACAUACUAGCCGUGAUAUUCGAGCUAUAGCUAGUCAAUUGGUCAAUGUAUGGCUUGAAAUUUUCCGCAAGGAAAAAGCUUCUAAUGGGGGAUUAAAGUUGUCAAGACAAAUAACUACUCUUGAGUUAUCGAAGAGAAAAUCUUUAAAAGAUUCAGGCUCAGGGAAGCCCCCUCUAAGCAUACAUCAGAGUGCCGUUGAGAAUAAAGAAGGCUUGCUGAAUCCUGUAUCUGCUGGAAGCAAUUCACCUUCCACCACACAUGCGAGGAAAUUGCACAGCAAACAAGGAAGACAACAAUCAGCAUGUGACUCAAGGCAUGAAGUCAGUUCUUCCAGGUCCCAAGGUUCAAUAGACAAAAUAGUUACUAAGGAGGAGAAUAAACGCUAUGCCAUGUCUGAAGAAGAAAAGGCUGCUAUAGCUGCUGCAGAAGCUGCCCGUACUAAAGCAAUUGCUGCUGCUGAGGCAUAUGCCUCUGCAGAAGCUAGGUGCAGUACACUGUCACAGCUUCCGAAGAUACCCUCAUUCCAUAAAUUUGCUAGACGAGAGCAGUAUUCACAAAAUGAUGAGAUUGAUAGUAGAAAAAAGUUGCCCGGUGGUUUUUUCGGAAGGCAAGAUUGUGUUUCCGAGAUUGAUUCUAGGAAUUGCAGAGUUAGGGAAUGGUCUGUUGAUUUUUCCACCGCUUGUGUUAAUCUUGAUAGUUCUAAAAUACCGGUUGACAAUUUCUCUCAGAGGAGUCAUUCAAAUGAGAUUGCCAGCCAUUUGAAUUUCGGAGAGCGUUCAGGAGAAAGUGCUGCUGUGGACAGUAAUCUAUAUACAAAAGCUUGGAUUGACACAGCUGGUGAUGGGGUGGUAAAAGAUCAUCUUGCCAUAGAGAGAUGGCAAUCUCAAGCAGCUGAAGCUGAUUCUUAUUUUUCUGAUCAAAUCAAUCAUUUGAAUGAUGAGGAGGAUUCAAAUGCCUAUUCAAGGUUACCCAGAUGGAAACAUGACAAUGUAGUAAAUGAGAGUUCUGUUUCCCAGGUUACUGUAAAUAAGGAAGAGGCCUUCAAACAUUCUCGAGGAGCAGAUCAUAUUAAACAGGCUGUUGUUGACUAUGUUGGAUCACUACUUAUGCCCCUUUAUAAGGCUAGGAAACUAGACAAGGAUGGAUACAAGGCAAUAAUGAAGAAAAGUGCAACAAAGGUCAUGGAGCAAGCAACGGAUGCAGAAAAAGGCAUGACUGUCCGUGAGUUUCUAGACUUUAAACGAAGGAAUAAGAUUCGCUCGUUUGUGGAUAUAUUGAUUGAGAGACAUAUGGCAACAAAACCGGGUACAAAAUCAUAAUAUUCUUUCGGUUGUAUGGGUGCACUUUUUUGUGCUUCUCCACAAGGGUUGUCCGAGUCUGGUUCUUACAAUUCUCGGCUUGGGUGGUCGUCCCUAAGUUCUGAUAUGAGGCUUCCAAUAUAAAUGGUCCAGAAACUGCUACAGAAGUAACAGAUACAAGUUGAUCUAUCCAAAUCAAGUGGGCUCUGGAAAAUUGCUGUCUUGGCAACCAUGAAAAGAAUAAAUGUGACAGACAAAAGUUGAUUGAUUCAAAUCAAGUGGGAUCUGGAAAUUUGUUGUCCUGGAAAGUGACAACCGGAAACAGAAUACUUGUACUAUCUGCAAACUCAGUUCAUGCAUCUGUGAGAUCUUUCGGGCGACCUGCAUUGGCAGCUUUGACGAUGACAAUGUAUUGCAGCCAUCUGUCCUUUAUUACUUCAUCUUUCAUUGAGGUUUACCCCUCCGCGGUUGAAAUCUUAGACCCUAUUUUUAUUAAAGGGGUUCCCAAUGGGAAAACAUGUUGACGUUAAGGUCAAUUCUUCUAUUUGUGCAGCGUAGGAUUGUUUCUAGUGAUGAAAAACAUACAUAAUCAAUUUCCCAUGCUCUUCAAGAAACAUUUCUCCUAUUUAAGUUUUACAUCAAUAACUGACUCUUUUGUUUCAUUCUCCAAAGUGUGAAGAAUGCCAACUUUUGUAAGAUACAUUGUUACUCUAAUAAUUUUUUUCUCCA